AUGGUCACCCCGGAAAUUGGCGCCUCGAAGGAGAUCCAUGUACCAGUGGCCCCACCGGUAAUUGUCGAUUUAGCCUCGACGUCGACUCGGCAGACUGUCAAGCUAGUUUCCAGCUCAAGCACGACCAAUCUCAAGCUUCCACAUGUCCCCCAGCGCCAUGGCAGUUCAACACCGACAUUUGAUCCUGUUGAAACAACCCCAUUCCUAGGGUAUCAACCCGGCCUGCACGCGACGGCUGGUCCUCUACCCCCACCACCACGCGCUACCUUUGCCAUGCUGCACACGCCCCCACCUCCGCGACCGCCGCGCCUUCAUUCCCCGGCGCCUCCGCGAGCCAAGAGUGAUCUCGAGGCUGUCAAGCAGGCAUUGCAAUUACCGCCCUCAGUCGCUGCAAAACUGGCCAAAACGACGCCACCCUCCCACCAGCCGUUGCCAGAGGUGAAACCGCUAAAGUUGACACCCAAGCGCGAUGUCAAUACCCCGAAGAUUCAACCGAAGACUAUCGAGGAGGAUAAUGCUAACCAAUCGAGCCUUCCUCGUACGGCGUCGGUUCAUCGGAGGGAAGGUGCAUUCCAACAAUUGUCUUCGUCUUCGUCGUCAACCUCUCGCUCCAUUGUGGACGACACUGACGAUAAAGUCGCAUCGACGACUCCCACGCGUCCAAGGCUUGUUGUAGACAACGACCGUGACGAACACGUUCCGAGCGUAACUGUCGUGGAGGCAAAGGCUAACCCUGUUGUUGACAACAAGAAGCUCGAUGACCAAGAACUCAAUCAUUCCAGUUCGGACUAUCCCAUCAUUGCUCGCUCCCUUCUCCGUUCACCGUCACCUGAGAGCGGUGGGAGUUCGAAUAGCCACUCUGGACGCAGCAUUACAUUCCGUGAUGACGCGCCCCCAGAGAGAAGAAGUGCUAGGGAUAGAAGGAGUCUUUCGCCUUCGUCUGUUGGUUCCCACAGUGGUCAUUACCAGACCCAAUCGCAAUUCCGGUCAACCUCACCUAGAGGUUCAGCCUCCUCCAGUACGAGUAACGGCACGGCGCCCAGUCCGCCACCCAAGAGCUUCCGCAACAGUUUCAUUGUCCAACAGACAGCUGCCAACCUGAAGAGGUUCUCUAGCUUACCCCGUACACCAUCGCGCGCUUCAACGUCGAGAUCCGACCAACGCUCGUCCGCCGAGACCCAUUAUUCACACCGGAGCUCGAGGACACCUUCGCCUGUUAGGAGCCGUCAGCAUCAUCAACAACGCCCAGUGGUUAGGAGGAAGAGAGUAGAUUCGAAUCCUGCGGCGAUGUUUUGUCACGAGGUGUAUCAGCAAAGGACGACGGCUGAGAGGUGUCAGAUCUACAUUGAGAAGAUUAAUGAGUUGUAUAUCCAUGAUUGUGGCUUGUCGGGAUGGGUUUUGGAGAUGAAGUACCGAGGAUCAGCAACUGGCCAUCCUCGUGGACCUUCGUCUCGACCAUUCCAACCCCAACCACGAGUUACUUCGAAAUCUUCGAUGACCUCUGAAGCAACCUUCCCCCGUCGACCAGACGCAGUCGUCGCAACUGACCUGUCAGCUCAAUCAUCGACAUAUCACGAUGUCAGUCCCGCAACGGUGGCUGUCAACCUCCCUUACCCUUCACUCGCAACUCAACAACGCCAACAAUCCAUUCGGUCCACAGCGUCCAGCUCAGGCUCAACCCCACCUCCCUCUAUCCGAUCUCUAGCCCCGUCGAAUGGUUCAAACAAUAAAACCGGGUUCUUCGCCUCAUUGGGUCGCAAAGCCAGUAUGACAUCGGGCAGAAGAGAGCGCGCGAGCUCGACACUUGGUCAUUCCAGUACGAGUGCGACGAGCAAGUCAGUGUUGACCAAGUCUCCACCAAUGGGCAAAGAGCUCUCGAUAUCGAGGCCCAUUUUGAUGUCGACCACCAACACUGCGCAUAGUGGGUCGCCUGCAGGGAGUGUUCAUGGCCAUGGGCAUACCGGGCCAAGUGGACCUCGGGCUCCACCCAAUCGAGCGCAGAGGUCAAAGACCCUCAUCCCGACGCCUGCGAGCCAGACGUAUAGUCUGGAGCGCGAAGAGGCGUUGGGGAGGAGACCUUCAUUGUUCGAUCUCAACUCCCCGACCGGGUAUCAAGAGCCAUACUCUGAUCCCCUGUUUGCUGAACAGGUCGAUAAGCUUCACAAUGUCCUCCCACACGCUGAUCGAUCUGUUCUCGCUGGCUACCUGCGACGAGCAGGUCAGGACGUCCUGGCCAUCGGUCAGUACCUAGAAGACGAGAAGAAUGGAACUCUCAAGUAUUUCUAA